GAUGUUUGAAGGUUAGCUAAUUUAACAUUAGUAUUUUCACAAAUAUCAGUAUUAAAUUAUGUUUUUAUCUUUGUUUCGGAAAAAAUCAUCAGACAAGGGCAGUCCAGAAAAAACCAAAGCUAAGAUUGUAUCAAAUGGUGUGAGAGAUCGUGCGGAAUUAAAAGAUACAAUCUAUGAUUUGAUACGAACGAUAAAAGAUCCUGAAAAACCCAAUACAUUGGAAGAACUGGAAGUAGUUUAUGAGGAUGGUAUUACAGUAAAAAGUCCAACAUCAGGAACAGUAAAUGUGGUUAGAGUCGAAUUUAAUCCCACCAUACCACACUGCUCCUUAGCCACGCUUAUAGGACUGUGCAUAAGGAUCAAAGUAGAGAGAAGUAUGCCAAUCCCUAUAAAACUAGAUAUUUAUAUCAAAAGUGGAGCACAUACCACAGAACAUGAAAUAAAUAAACAAAUUAAUGACAAAGAACGGAUAGCAGCUGCCAUGGAGAAUCCAAACUUGAAAGAAAUGGUUGAAAAUUGUAUAUUAGAAGAAGACUGAUGUAUUUUAAAAAUUAAUCAUUUUGUUAUAAAUAUAUAAUUUGA